AUGAGGAACUCACGCAGUAGUAACAAGCCAAAGGAAACCAACAAGCAAAAGAAGGAAAGAAAGAAGGAAUUCUUGGAGAACAAAAAAAAUGUCGUCUCUGUUGUGUUGCCCACUCUGACUGUAAUAUUUGCUCUCAUUACAUUGUUCAUAUACUUAAAAGUACAUCCUAAUGCAUUGAACUUCAUGGGUUCUGAAAAAUCACUUUAA